AUGUUAAGUUUCAAUGUCAGCUGUGUUAAUUGUGUACAAAGAGCUAACAAUACUGUCAUUCAUAAGGCUAAUCUGGCCACUGCUGGGACCAUAACUCUGGCCAGCAUAGUCAUCUUCACCAUAGUGAUGGACAUCAUUGGGAACAUGCUGGUUGUCGUAUCAGUGGUACGAAAUAAGAAACUGAGGAACACUGGUAAUAUCUUUGUUGUUAGUUUAUCGGUAGCAGACAUGACUGUUGCCUUCUAUCCUUACCCUUUAACCCUAAUUGCUAUUCUCAAUGAUGGAUGGAUCAUGGGUGAUACCCACUGUUUUGUCAGUGGGCUGGUAUUAAGCCUCAGUUGCAUUGGAUCUGUUUUUCACAUCACAGCAAUUGCAAUCAACCGCUAUUUCUGCAUCUGUCACACCCAGUUAUAUGACAAACUAUACAGUAUGAGAAACACCUACUGCUACAUUGUGAUCCUGUGGAUUUUGACUAUUGUUAUAUAUUUACCUCUGUAUUUCUUUCAUUCCCUACAAUAUGAGCCACUUGUAUUCUCCUGCACUUUCAUAUGGUCUAUAAGUUCUUUAUCUACCAUCACAGUAGAGGUUGCUCACUUCUUACUACCAGUUAGUGUUGUAGCAUUUUGCUAUGCACGAAUAUGGAUCUUAAUUAUCCAAGUUAAGUACAAAGUGAGGCAAGACAAUAAACAAAAACUGAAACCUAAUGAAGUACGACAGUUCCUUGUCAUGUUUGUUGUUUUUGUACUUUUUACUUCCUGCUGGGGCCCGUUCAGUAUUCUUGGUCUGGCAGUGGGUAUUAACCCCUCUAAAAUGCCACCUAAAAUCCCUGACUGGCUGGUAAUUUUCUGUCACUUUCUGGCAUAUUUCAACAGUUGCUUGAAUGGUAUUGUCUAUGGAGUCAUGAAUCGUAAUUUCCAAAGAGAAUAUAAACGGAUACUUCUGAUACUGUGCACAUCAAAGUGAUUCUUCUUGAAGAGUGCUAAUGUAGUGAACGGAGUUUUUGCACUGCCAAGUGGAGAGAAAAUGUAUCUUAAAGUGGAAAAAAAUGGAAAAGUGAAUAUUGUGAAUUAUGGCAAAGUGUUUUGUAAACAGGAUUUAAACAAUGCUUCAUUGCUUAUGAAAUACAAUGAAAAUAGAAUGGAGAUGGACAAGAUUGAGAUAGACAAAUUGUAUAAAGAAAUUUCAGAAGACUUACUAUUUUCUAUUGAAGAGUACAAGACUGUUUAUUAUAGAACUAUACAAGAUGUAUAUUAUACAACAUCUCGUAAUUAUAAUUGGAAAGUGUCUAAGCUCAGAAGGGACUUGAAUGAAUAUCGGUCCAAUAUAGCUUAUACAGGUAGCAAUAAUUACCAGAAAUCACAUUAUAUGAAGAGACCAUAUAAUCUAUUUUACUCGACUAGUACACGAAAAGUUGACACAAAUGUCAGUAAUGCUGUGAUUACAUACGACCGCCCAGUUGGUACAAUGGUAUUACUUGCUGGAGUAAUGCUUUCCACAAUUGUGAUUGAUAUAGUUGGGAACACACUUGUGAUCUUGUCUGUCUAUAGAAGCAAGAAACUCAGAAACACAGGGAAUUACUUUGUGGUCAGCUUAUCUGCUGCUGACAUAGCUGUGGCAGUAUAUUCAUACCCAACAAUUGUUGUUGCAAUUUUUUACAACAGAUGGAUGUUGGGGCAAUUACACUGCAAAAUCAGUGCUGGCAUCAAGUGUUUGAGUUGUAUUGGAUCUGUUUAUAACAUCACUGCGAUAGCUAUCAACCGCUAUUGCUGUAUCUGCCAUAGUCUCAAAUAUGACACAUUUUAUAGCAAGAAAAACACUUGCUGCUACUUAUGUCUUGUAUGGAUAUUUUCAGUUCUAACUUUACUACCAAUAAUUUUUUUUGACAUGCUGGAUUAUGAUCCCAUAGUAUAUUCAUGUACAUUCAUGCGCUCUGUGAAUCCUCAAUGUACUCUUGUGCUUGAGUUUAUACAUUUCAUAGUACCUACAGUUUUAGUGUCAUUUUGUUACCUGAGAAUAUGGUUAUUAAUUAUUCAUGUUAAAUAUCGUCUUAGGCAGGACCAGAAGCAAAAAAUUAAGUCCAAUGAGUUGCGACAGAUGGUGAUCAUGUUUCUUGUAUCUGUGCUUUUUGCACUCUGCUGGGGCCCAUACAGUGUACUUGGUUUUGCAAUUGGCAUUAAUGCAUCUAGCAUUGAAACUGAGGUACCACCCUGGCUGUUUCUUGCAAGUACUUUUCUGGCUGACUUCAACAGUUGUUUAAAUGGAGUAAUUUAUGGGGUCUUCAAUCAAAAUUUCCGAACCGAGUACAAAAAAAUGAUUUUUCUUCUACUGUGCAAGUCAAGAAAUUUGACUGACAUAAAACACAGCAAUUCAACUAAGCAGUCUAUGACAAAGAUGAGCGAAUGA